AUCUCUGCCUCGAUUCAGUAGUAUGCACUUGUCUUUGCUGAGAACUACUCACUUGCCUCCGUUUCUUAAUCUUAUACUCUCAUCUGGCUCUGGAGGACACGCAGCAUUCGUAUCCGAGGCCUUCUGCUUGUUGUACUGUGUUAAAAAUUUCAUGUUGUGAUUCAUCAGAAUUAGGCAUGCUACAACAAUGUCUACAACAGCGACCCAUCCCGCGAUGUCCAAGGUAGACUCGUACCCGCAAAGUCUUUUGAAUACAAACGAACAGAGCUUGCACCGACCAGGUGUCAUGGCGCGUCUCCAUGCCCUCUUCCCUUCAUCGCCAGCACCUGGCGCCGAUUCCCCGCCUCCUCUUCCUCCUAGACCUAUGCAAUCUGGACUCACCUCUCCCAGGAGGAAGAAAGAACGACCUCCACCAAAGUUCAUCAAAGUUCGGAUACUGACAUGGAACAUGCACGAAUCGCUGCCCAAGGGCGAGUUGGACGAGUUACUUGGCACGGUACAUCCUGCACCACUGUCCUACCCUCUGUCGGAUGGCCAGACGUUGCCCGACUUUGCUGCCGACGAAACCCACCCGUAUCAUCUGGUCGUCGUUGCAGGGCAGGAAUGCCCGACAGUCUCUGGUCUUCCCCGAGGUUUAGGUGCACCCGGCUUCAAAUUAAGGGAUAAGGAUCGUGACAAAACCAAGGAAAAGGAUGACCUUGGCGAUCAUAUGCCUUUACUGCACUCGAAGAGUGAAGGAGGAAAGGAACACGAGGAGCGCGAACGUCCGCGUUCCCUGCAUCGUCUUCAUCUUCAUCGUGACUACUCGCAGAGGGGACAUGACCGGGAUCAUUUACCGGUCUCCGGCAGUAACUCAUCUCACGAACACGCUCAUGGUCCCUAUGGUUGGUCGUCGAUGUUGGAGGAGUGGUAUACACAGGGCGUCAAUCCUCUGAGUACUGAAGCCGUUGUGCCACCGCCGACCUUAUUGGAUGUGCCAAUAGGAGACGAGCGUGAUCGCCGGAAUGAGGAGAUUGUCAUAUCCCCGAAAGCUCAAUCGACAGGUGACCUCAAUGCGCGUAUGAGCUUGCUUGCAAGUAAUCGGGGGCCAUAUGAGUUGCUUGUGAAGGAACGGAUGAUGGGUCUAUAUAUCGCCGUUUUCGUUCAUCGGGACGUUCGGCCUCUUGUUCGAGGAACAUCUAAAUCUGCAGUGACGGCUGGCUUGAUCGGCGGACGUCUGGGCAACAAGGGUAGCGUCGGUGUCAGCAUUAACCUCGCUGGGACAACACUAUUGUUUAUCAACGCUCACCUAGCUGCUCAUGAGGGGAAGAUGCAUCACCGGUUGGCCAAUCUGAAUAAGAUCAAGGCCGAGCUAGCGGUGAACGACUUCCUUCCGCCAGACGACCCACGUAUCAUGAGUGAAGAUCUGACGGACAAAUUCGAUUUUUCGUUCAUAUUCGGAGACCUCAACUUCCGUCUAGACAUUACUCGCAUUCACGCUGACUGGCUAGUCGCGCAGAAACAAUACGCCCAAGCACUGGCGUUCGACCAGCUGCGCAGGGUCAUGGCUGAAGGUAGAGCCUUUGUUGGUUUCCAUGAGGGACCCAUCGACUUCCCGCCUACUUUCAAGUACGAUGUGCAACGUUCAAACAGGCGAAGUAAGCAGUCUCGAUCGCUGAAACGGCUAUCCAGGACUCCUGGUACACCUGAGCCGCCGCGCGAGAACGCAAUCAUGGAGAUUGAGGAGAAGGAAAAAGAAGAGAGUGAUGAGCGUGAGGACGACGAUGAGGAGGACGAAGCAGAGGCUGAAGAUGGUGAAGGGGCUUCUCUUGCUUCGUCUUUGUGGACGAACGCACAAUCGCGGUAUACCAACGGUGAUACCAGUGAACACGAGAAGGGACUCUUGGACCCUGAUGAAGACGAAUACUUUUCAUACACCAAUUCCUCUACUGCCGCAGCCACGCGUGCGAAUGCACAUUCGAAUGCCGCUCUACACAAGGUAUGGGCUGCUGCAGCAGCACACAAAGCGAAAGCCAAGUUUGUAUCUUUACUGUCCUCAUCUCCUGGGUCUCCUGCAGCCAAGUUGAUCAAACUCAAGAGGAAAUCCGGUCAACAAUUCGAUGAGGGAUCAGGCUCACGUUCGACUGCGACAUCACCGACCUUCCGUGCUACAACGUUUCCACCUACUCCAGGGCCCAGUGUUCCCGCAACUCCCAAUCCAGAGGAUGACAAGUUCUUGAAACCGAGUCGGAGUCUUGCAUCGAGCGCUGGUGAGGUCGCUAAGGCUGUCGUGCGGGCUGGUUCGUCCCAGUCGAGGAAAAGCGAGGAAGAUGAGGACUCCGAUGAUGAUGGGAAGGGCGUUUAUGAUUCGUCUAACAAAAAGCGCGUUCCGAGCUGGUGUGAUCGAAUAUUGUUCAAGUCAACGAUCGAACCUGAAGAAUCUGAUUCAGACGAAGAAGAGUCUCCUGCACAGCCAAUGGUCCCUCGGACUCGUAUGGGUCAAUUCUUCCAUGCUUUGCGACCAUCCUCUCUUCGGACACGAAAGGACUCUCAGUUCUCUGCCAAUUCACUGACUUCGCCUGAAGUGAGUGACAAUGAAGGAGAGCCUGAUCACCGAAUAUCACCUCGAGUUCAUCAUCCAUCGAGUCCCCUGACUCGUCCUCCCCGACGACUCUUAAAUUCUCGAUCUAUAGAUACCUUGCAGAAGAUCGAAAGGCCACCCCUAGACCGUCUUAAUGCUCUAACCUGGUCACCUGUCGAGAGCACAGUCCAGCUUCGCAAGCCUCCCUUUCCCAUAGUUCCCAUGCACUCUUUCGAUACCCCGCCGACCACAUCACCUGAUACCUCACGUCCACCACAACUAACACUACCUGACCUAUCAUCCGGUUCCUUCGACUCACCUCCUCAUGUUCCUCCGAAGGAUACACAUGCACAACCUCUUUCAAACAUCUGGCGGAACUUCAGUUUCUUCCCUUUCCUCUCUCGCGAUCAUCCUCAUUUAGCUGCCGAACCUGAAACUACCCUUGAACAACCGCCAGCACCUCCACCACGUAAAGGCGACGUGGCGUGUCUGGGCUAUCAUACGCUGGAUGAUAAGGGAAUGAAGAGACUCAUGGGACGAAGUGACCAUCGACCUGUUAUUGGCUCUUAUGCACUGUAUAUUUGACGGACCUCCGAUGGCCAUACUUAGAUCAUAUAUGUUGUUUACUUGCAUGGACCGAGUUUUACGAUACGUAGCACUAUAAUCUCUGCAUUGUUGCUACAUUGAUUUCCUUACGACCAUAGAUACACUAGAUUAUGUGGCACAUUGCUUCCCAUAGCUUACUGUCAUCGAACGCGCCUACUUAUUAAAGCUUUUGCCAUAUUUGGACACAAUAUUCCGCUUUGGGAAAUAGUAAAAAUGUGCUAAUAUUUCUAGCCAUAGUUGUCUUUCAAGAAGCGAUACCUCUAUUCCAAGACAAUGAUAGUACAUU